AUGAUCGUCCCGAAUUACGGACAGAUUCCUGUCGUCAAAGGAGAUCUCUCAUGGCUGUCUCCAGAAGUUUCGAUUUUUCUGAAUGAAUGCGUCCAACUUAUGACGCCUUCUGCAAUUCGAAUUUGUAACGGAUCGGUGUUUGAAGCACAGGAACUUCGUGACGCGAUUGCCAAUGAAUUCGGAGGUGAGGAGCAGAAAAUGUUGAAUCGUUUGCAUCUAAAUAUCACUGAUAUUGGAUUCGAUGAUAUCAAUGUUUAUACGAAGGAUCGUGUCGAUGCGGAACCUGGGAAACCAGCACCCCAAGGAUCAACCAAUUCUGGAUCUAGUGAUAACAUUGAGAAUGUUCGAUUGAGUUCUCAUUAUAUGUCCGCAAGCCACUUUGAAUUUUCGAAGGAAAAACAAUUCAACGGAUGUAUGAAUGGGAGAACGAUGUAUUUGGUACCAUUCUCAAUGGGACCGAUUGGUAGUCGUCAUGCAGUUGUGGGGAUUCAAAUCACUGAUGAUCCGGUUCUGGUACUGAAUUUGAGAUCUACAUUCAGAGUUCUCUCGAGCGUCUGGGAUCACCUGGCUGCUACGACUCAUUUCAUUCGAAGUGUCCACUCGAUCGGAAUGCCACGUCCCAUCAUCCGUUGUAUCGUGACACCAACGCCGUUUGAAACUCCUGUCGGAAGUUUCAUCGUCCUCAAACACGAUGAACAACAAGUGUGGGCACAUGGAUACACAUUCGGAAGAACUCCAAGGUUCGGAAAAACGUUCUCAAUUCAUGCUGCUUCAUGGAUCGGAACGAAGAAGGGGUGGCUGGCAGAGAAUGCGGCGAUAUUGGCUAUCACUAAUCCCAAAAACGAAACAAUACACGUGUGCUACAGUAGUCUGGCAAGUGUGGAGAGUCUACAACUUCAGCCUGGACCUGGAUGGAAGAUCGAAGUGAUCAGUGAAAAGACAGUUUGGAUUCAUUGGCACAAUGGAAAAAUGUACGCUUUGUGUCCGGAAAACGACGAAAUGGACGAUAUGGGAUCUCCGAAAAAUCUCUCGAAUCUCUUCACCGGCGCCACUUCUGAAUAUCAGAUUCAAAGUUUCAAUCCUCAAAAAACGAAAUGGACAUCAGAUGUGGGAGUUCCGAUUUCCGCCUACAUCUUUGCGAAUCAUCGUCACGAUCAAUAUCCGCUGAUUCUGGAAGCCAAUUCGUGGGAAGAAGGUGUUUGUUUGGCGGCUGGAAUGCGCGUCAGUGUAGCUAAACCCAGAAGUAACUCAUCAGAAAACUCAAUCGAAUCGUCGCCACGUCAUAUUCUGGUCGAGUGCCCGAUGCUUCGUGUCGAUGCGAUAAAUUUUAGUUUUGCGAAAUAUGUGAAUCACUGGUUUGAGAUGGGAAUUGGCGUCAAGUCUUCAUCAUCCGAAAGUUCGGAUACUUAUGAAGCACCACCUCCACCGCCCAUCUUUUUCACUAACUUGCACCAGGAAAUCGAAGGGAAACUGAUUUGGCCGGGUGGUGUCGAUAAUGCAAAGAUUUUUGAAUACAUUUUUGCCAGAUGCACAAACCCCUCGGACCUCUCCAACACCACCCCCUCAGGCAUCGGAAAAGUUCCGAAAUCUCUAGAAUUGAGCGCUCUGGUCAAUUUGCCGCCGCUUCUACAAGUCAACAUUCGAUUCUGGCUCACUGAGCUCAACAAACUCCGCAUAUUUUUCAACCUUCAAAUGGAGUGCUGUCUUCCACCACAACUCGAAAAAGUGCUCACUGAUUUGGCUGGAAAUCUGUAA